ACCGACAAUAGUCUAGAUGGAGAGAGAGAAUCAAUAAUAUCCUAAAAUUUCAAAAUACUUCUGUCAUUGACAUGAAGAAUGACAACGAUAACGGCACCGGCACCGGAGUCGACUCACCGCUACUCAACAACUUCGUGUACGGCGUCGUUGACUACAAAGGCCGUCCAGUCCUCAGAUCAAAAUCCGGUUGCUGGCGAUCUGCAUAUUUCAUCAUCGGUGUGGAAGUGGCAGAGAGAAUAGCAUAUUAUGGGGUGAGUUCAAAUUUAAUUACAUAUUUGACCGGACCGUUGGGGCAGUCAACGGCUACGGCGGCGGAGAACGUCAACGUCUGGGCCGGAACGGCGUCGCUUCUUCCCCUUGUUGGAGCUUUUAUUGCUGAUGCGUUUCUUGGUCGAUACCUGACUGUGAUAUUAGCUUCUCUGCUCUAUAUUCUGGCACUUGCAUUGCUGGCUUUUUCAACACUGAUUCCAUCCGACUGUACAAACUCCAUUGAUGGCGGCUCAUCGUGUUCACCUCAGCUGCAAGUUAUCAUAUUUUUCAUUUCUUUAUAUCUAGUGGCAUUUGCCCAAGGCGGACACAAGCCCUGUGUGCAGGCUUUCGGGGCCGACCAGUUUGAUGCAGAUGAUCCAGAAGAACUCAAAUCCAAAAGCUCAUUCUUCAACUGGUGGUAUUUUGGAUUGUGUGCAGGUCCUACAGUUGGGAUCAUUUUUCUUAGUUACAUUCAAGAUAACCUUAGUUGGGGUCUUGGCUUUGGAAUUCCUUGUGUUAUCAUGGGUUUUGCCCUCAUAAUCUUCUUGUUUGGAACUGUAACUUAUCGGUUUGGCGAGAAAACCCAAGAGAAAAACGCGUUUGCACGAAUCAGCCACGUGUUUGUUACUGCAGCUCGGAAUUGGAGGGUUACGUCUAUAGAAAUAUGUGCCGAAGAGGAAGCUUCUGGCAUAAUGCAUCAUCAAGAUUCUCAACAAUUCAGCUUUCUCAACAAAGCUUUGGUUUCCCGUGGCGGGUCAAAUGAAGACGGAACCGUCUGUAGCACUGAUGAGGUGGAAGAAGCGAAGUCGAUUCUUAGACUUAUUCCAAUAUGGAUCAGCUGUUUAGGUUAUGGAAUUGUAUUUGCUCAAACUUCCACAUUUUUCACCAAACAAGGAGCUACCAUGGACCGGUCAAUCGGGUCAACCUUUGAGAUUCCACCAGCCACCCUACAAUCUUUCAUCGGCCUCUCGGUUAUCAUCCUCAUUCCCAUCUAUGACACCAUUUUAGUCCCUCUUACGCGGGCAAUUACAAAUAAGCCAUCUGGCAUAACAAUGCUUCAAAGAAUUGGAACCGGCAUUUUUAUAUCUACUAUUUCAAUGGUUGUUGCAGCAAUCGUUGAAACAAAAAGACUCAAAGUUGCUCGAGAGUAUGGAUUAUUAGACGAUCCGAAUGCAAUGAUCCCGAUGAAGAUAUGGUGGUUAUUACCUCAAUAUCUGUUGGCUGGAGCGGGUGAUGUGUUUACAAUGGUGGGUAUGCAAGAAUUCUUUUAUGACCAAAUGCCAAGUGAUCUGAGGAGUAUAGGUUUAGCACUUUACCUGAGUAUCAUGGGAAUUGGUAGCUUUCUUAGCAGUUUUAUAAUCUCGAUCGUUGACAAAACGACUGGUGGAAACGGUCAAGAUGGUUGGAUAUCCGAUAACAUGAAUCAAGGGCACAUUGAUUAUUUUUACUAUCUUCUGGCUGGAAUCAGUGCAGGUGCAUUUGUGAUGUUUAUAUAUGCUUCAAAAUCUUAUGUUUAUAAUAGAGAAAGAGGCAUGUGAUGUGAUGUGAUGUUGUUGCCACGUUUGCCUCUGCGUAGCUCGUCUAAGUAUUAGUCUGCUAACUUUUGUAUCGGCGCAUUGUAUUGUGACGUUGCUGAAUUAUGUUGUAAGUAGUGAAGAUAUGUUUUGAAUUGAUUUCAUGGAUGCAAAAGGAUGUGAUUGUUGCAAUGGUUGCUUAAA